GAAACCAGAGCACCCGGAAGAAACCCAUGCAGACACAGGGAGAACAUUCAAACUCCACGUAGACUGAAGGGGAUCGAACCCCACAUCCUCUGGCACCACCUGGGUGCUGUGAGAUACCUUGUUGUACCACCCAGAGGGAAGUAGAAUGCGCUCCUCUGGCACAUUUCUGCGCUUGUGCUGUUGCGUAUGAGGAACCUGUUGAUCAGGUUCUAAGAAGCAUGAGGACUGUGACCUGCCGAAUCACUGCGACACAACAAGACAAGACAGAAAGUAGCUCACAUCCAUGGUAAAUCCAUAAUCUGAGGACAAGUACGCCAAGGAAUUUUACUGCGAGAGACACGCAGCGAGAAAACGAUCAGUUGUUUCGUGGUUGUUUUUAAAGUUGUGCAACUGGAGCUGUGUUGCAGCUUGUCGUAGAUAAAGGACGCACAGCAUACGAAACCCCGAGUUCCCCUUUGCCAGACGGAUGUUGUUUCACCAUGUGUGCUGAAGCCUUUGCAACGCCAGGACGCAUAAGUCUGUCCUGCCCUUCCCAUUCUCCUCUGAGCGGCAGUACAGAAGUACGUUUGGAUGAAGGCGGAUCGCAAGCGUAGCAGGAGAAUCCCCUCUGCCUAAUCUCACGACCAUGACGAAUGAACCGGAUACAUUUCAGAAUACCAUCCCUCCGGACUUACCUGCAAUCACCACUUCUUCUCCAAAGCCGCCUCCUGUGGGUGUUGGUAUUUCCUUCCUGGUGGCAGCCUUAGUAGUGGGUCUCCCUGGCAACCUUUUCGUUGUUUGGACAGUCCUAUGCCGCCUACGCCGGAAGUCUAUCACCACCCUGCUGGUCUUGCAGCUGGCGGUUGCGGACAGCUUCGUGUUGCUAACUGCACCCUUUUUCCUGCGGCAGUUGGCCAUCAACGGGAUCUGGGAGUUCGGGGACUGGGCCUGCCGCUUACUGCACUACAGCUGUGGUGUUAACAUGUACAUCAGUGUCUACCUCAUCACUCUGAUGGGGGCCGAUCGCCUCUUGGGAGUGUCCCGUCCUUUCCUGUCCCAGCGGGUCCGCACCAAGUCCCGCCUCUGGCCGACAACGGGGGCCGUCUUGAUCGUGGCACUGCUGCUCUCCAUCCCUGUGGCCGUGUACCGAGAAGAAAAGAAGCAGAAAAAUAACAGCUACUGCUUGGCCCACUACCCAAGCAAGGAGCAUGAGGUCUUCCAUUACUGUCUGGAGACGGUGGCAGCCUUCCUCCUUCCGUUCAGCGCAUUGGCCGUCUGCUACUGCCGCAUCUCCCGCACCCUGCAGGCUGCCCGGGUCCGUUGGCGUCAGCGCAACCGUAAAGGCACCAGCCGCCUCAUCGUCCUCAUCAUGGGUAGCUUUAUCCUCCUCUGGGCGCCGUACCACUUCGUGAACGUGCUGCAGACGGCGGCGCUCUUGGCCGGGAAACCGGGGGAAAGCCUGCUUUCAGGCUGCAAGAAAGCACGCCCCAUUCUCAUUGCCCUGGCCUUCCUCAGCAGUUCCAUCAACCCUCUGCUGUACGCUUGUGCCGGAUCAACCUUCAUGGGCACCUCUGGACUGAGCUGCAUCACUCGCCUGCUAGAGGGCACCUCCUCUGAGUGCAACAGCAAAAGACUGGAGAGUCGCGGUGAAAAGGGAGAUGGAGGGAAACAGAGCGCCGGUUCUCUGAGAAUGACGGAGGUUCAGGAUAAUAAGGACAAUGAUGAACAGAAAGAAUAAGUCCGAUGAUGGGACAACUGAGCAACCGCUCUUACGGGAGCAGCAGCGCGGCACCGCGUUGAAGGAAACGACACAAAGUUUGUGACGUUAAGUCCCUGGAAGUGCUCAUAUUUCUUGCAGAGCGCUUAAGAUGUGCGUUUAUUUCAUAAUCAUACCACUGUGUGACGAACCCCAAGCUUACACAUCCAGACCAAGCGCACAGAUGUGUGAUAUUUACUUGCUCAGGGCACAGAACCAUGUCACACAUCCAGAAUGAUGUAACAAAGAUCAAUCAAAUAUUUACCCUGGUAAAGAAAAUGUGUGUGACACAUCCACACCGAGAUGCCACACACGUGGUAACGCAGACAUACGCACAAACCGAGAAGACACGCACUUGUUAAACGCCGAUUCCUUGCAAAGGAACACGUCACACACCUACGCUGAGAGACAUGAGACGUGUCGCACAUACACACAUAUGUUACUGUACCGGGGUAAUGAAGACCGGCGAGGUCUUUCCCUCCCUCACAUCUAUAUAAAACAGAUAUGUGUAGCUGAAUAAUUUGUUUGGGAGAAAAGGACAAAUUUAUAUUGUGUUACUCAACAACAAUUUGUAUUGAGAAUCUAACAACACGGAAGAUGUGAGGGUUACAAUAGGCUUGAAUGGUUUUCGUUUUUUCUUGUUUUUGCACAUCAUUGCAUUUUGAAAUGGUGCUUCUUCCUUUCACUUUUGUGUAUUUUUUAUUGCAUUUACCCAGCAACAUAAAAUGAGUUAUGUACAUAUUUAACGUUUGGUUUGUUCAGCACAUUGCAUUGUACAAAAUGUUUCAUUUUCGUUGUAUUUAAAAAUAAAAUUUCCAUUUCCUUUUAUUUUCACAAAAAACAUCUCGCAGAUGUACCCACACAACACAAUUCUUGUUAUUUUUAACAUAGUCACACCCGCAUGCAAACCAGGCACGUAUUUUACACACAUGCACACAGGCACUAACACAUUUUUUUACACGAAAGACAACUUGUCAUUUGCACUUUAGCAUCACUCCACGGGGAGCAGUGGUGCAGUGGGUUGGACCAGGUCCUGCUUUCUGGUGGGUCUGGGGUUCAAGUCCCAC